CCUGUUGUAAGCACCGUACGUGAAAAUCAGUGAAAACAACGUUUGAGGAAGCAAAGCAACAAGAGUGGUCCCCACCUUUUGUUUUCUGAAAAUCUUUCAUGUUCUUCCUAGAUCCAAUUCCAACCCCGUUUUGAAUCAACCUCUCUUUAUUUUUCUCCUACUUCUCAUCUAAUCUCACCUCACCUCUUUCUGUUUCUGCUUUUACUUUUGAAGUUACCAUCUUUUUCUCUUUGGGCAUCUUCAUAAAGAAAUUCACUGAGAAAGCCAAAGCCAAAGGUGAUGGAAUGAAUAAGUACACUUGAAACAUGAACAGACAAUGAAUUGGGUCAAUCGGAUCUAAUCUGUAGAGUAUAGUGAGUAGUUGGCAAAGGCGUGUUAUGGCUACAGAUACCAAAAGCACUAUGAUUAGGGUCAAGUCAAGUGCUCUAGAUGUCUCUUCCAAGCCCAAGAUUGAUUCUUUAUCCCUCAAGAAGAAGGUCAACAUCAGCACAGGCAGACUCCCACCUGAUUCUAAGAUGAAAUCUGUCACCACUGUCACAAAAUCUGAGACUAAAUCAAAAUUGGUAGGAACAUCAUCGGCAUCAAACAAAACAGUAAAAAAGACAACUACUACCAAAGUGAGAGAGAAGAAAGUUUAUAGUUUGCCUGGCCAGAAACACGAUCCUCCAGAACAGAAAGAACCCCUGAGGAUUUUCUACGAGUCAUUGUCAAAACAGAUACCAACAAGUGAAAUGGCAGAAUUUUGGUUAAUGGAACAUGGGUUGUUAUCUCUUGAAAGAGCUAAGAAAGCAUUUGAGAAAAAGCAGAGGAAGCAAAAGGAGCUUCGAACUGGAACUCCUGUUAAGUUAUCAAAGCCACCAACUAAGCCUCAAACUUCACAGAAACAACAACAGCCAUCAAAGAAUGGCGACAUAAAAGCCAAGAAGAGAAUUCUCAAUAAAAGUGAUAGCGAUGAUGAUGACGAUUUUGUUUUAAGUCAUAAAAGAAGAAAAUGGUAAGAAGAAAAGCCUCAUAAUGUUUUAUUUUAAAAUUAAAAUAGAAGAUGAAGAAAUGUUGUAAGACAACCUAAUAAUGGAUAGAUUAAAAACAUUAUUCUUCAUGUUUCUGACUUACAAUAAGAGACAUGCAAUUUAUGUCUCUCUCGGGAUCUAAAUUAUGACAAUGGAAACUACUCUUUGUAACUUCA